AUGGAGCCUCAGCUAGCGCACUUUUUGGUGGUGUCGCUGGGCAUGCUGCAAUUCGGUUUGCACAUGGCCGAGUUAAACACGUUGGUUCCAUUCAUGGAUUGCGCCAAGUUUCCAGAUCAUUGUCUGCCAGGGAUUGGGGACCACUAUGCUUUGGCAUCUUCCAUAUAUGCGGUUGGCGGCUGCUUGGGCUCCGCUGUGGCUGGUCCAAUUGCCAACAGAUUUGGCCGCAAAACUUCGUUCAAGUUCAUUGGUUUCGGGUUCCUUCUUGGUUCGUUAUUUAUGUGGAUUGCUGGUGGGAUGUUCCUCUUGACGCUCGGACGGUUUGUUGUUGGUAUUUUCGCUGGAUUGGCGAUUGUCAUUGGACCCAUGUUCGUUGCCGAGUUCACUUCUGUCGAAAAAAGACGUCCCUAUGGUAUCAUGAAUCAGUUUGCAGUCAAUUGUGGUAUUUCAGCUACUCUGACUGCAGGGUACAUAUCUGAAAAUGCGUCGUGGAGAGCAGUGCUGUUUUUGGGUGUUUUUGUUGCUGCAGUUCAGAUUAUUAUGACCUACAACAUUCACGAGAGCCCUCUUUGGCUCACGAAAAAUAACAAAUUCCGCGAAGCCCAGCAAAUUGCUGAUCAUUUGGGUGUGACUCUGGACGAGGUCUCGAACAAUGACGGGUCGCAUUUUGUUUCGAUACCGACUUUCAUCACGUCACCAGAAUAUAUCAAAGUCCUCCUCACUGUCGUUGGUAUCUUUACCUUGCAGCAAUUUUCUGGUAUCAAUGCGAUUGUAUUUUAUGGCGUCAAGAUCCUGGAGCGAUCGUCUUCCAGCAGACAAGCAGCUAUCGGCAAUGUGGCCAUCCAACUUACCAACGCAUCUUUAACUCUCGUUGCAGCCACUUUCAUCAAGCGAACAGGGCCCAAAAAGCUCAUUAUUUUUAGCUGCCUUGGUAUGGCGUUAGCUUCAGUUUGGUUGGGGAUCGCCUUGGACAACGAUAAUGCCACACCUGCCUUUUUUGCGAUAGUGACUGAUGUGUCGUUCUUCGCUUUAGGUCUUGGUCCAGUUCCCUUCAUGGUGGUUGGCGAACUGGUUCCAUCGGAGGCUGUUGGUGCUGCUCAAAGUGUGGCAACAAUGUCUAACUGGCUAGCGACCUUCGUUAUCGGUGCAUUCUUCCCUUCUUGGCGAGAGCUAAUGGGCGAAAAGGUAUUCUUUUUGUUCUCUGCGUGCGCUGCUACAGGGGGUAUUGCACUUUCAUACAUUUUAUAG